UCUGAAAGUAAUAACGAUUUGGACUUAUCACAUGAUUCUGACGACGAAGUUACGGAUAAUGAGUCAAUCUUAUCCGAAGAGGAACGCUUCCCUCAACAUGUCAAUCCUCAAAUCCUCACUGGAGAUAAAUUAAAGAGAAAUGACAAAAAAAAUUUAAAUACUGACAACGUUAGCGAGAUUUCACAAGAUUCUGAAGGGGAAAAUUCAGAGCAAGAAUCAAUAAUUAAUGAAGAUAAACGUACGCCUAAUGUUUUCAAACCUCAAAUGCCGAAAGUAACUCCGCAAGUUGUUACCUUUCUUCGUGAAUGGUUGGCCUAUGCAGAAGGAGAAUUAAGUGAAAAUACGUCUACUGAAAAUCAACAUGCAAACAUAGCAGCUAGCAAACAUUUAGCAUCGACAUCAAAAAAAGUUUUCAUAAUAAAUGACGAGUUAGUUAUUAAUAAAGCGAGAGAAAUUGAAUUUACCCGAUUUAAAAGAAAACCAAAAGAACUGGUUCGACGUCUGAUGCUCGAAUUAGUAGGUAAAGAAGAGCUUAAAACUAUGACCGCCCUUGGACAAACAAAAUCUGGAAAGAUAAGAAAGUCAAUUCCAGAUGGAAUUAGAGUUGCUGUAUAUAAUUAUAUUGAAAGUAAAACGAAAGGACUAUCGCAUAAAAAAUAUGUUGAGACUUUAAAUAAUCAAUGUUGCACUUUAAGGAACCCGAAAAAAAGUAACACAAUUGCAGUAGAAAGAAACGAUGAGACUGAAAGAAAUAAAGACAAAAAUGUUGAUAAAGAAUCUGCAAAUGAUGAGUUAAUUUUUAGUGGGGAACCUUCAGCAACUGAUAACCAAUCAAAGGCUAAAAAACGAAAAGUAAUGAGCCCAAGCGAAAAUUAAUAAUCUUUGAAGAAACAACUUUUUCCUUUCUCAACAGAAGUGCAAGAGAUCAAGAACCGA